AUGUCGAGUCCGGCGAGUCGAGUCGAGGCUCGUCUGAUUUUCGACGAGUCGAACUCGGUCGAGCCCGGUGGCGGAGAAAUGUCGAGUCGAGUCGAGCCCUGCAGCUCGACUCGUCCGACUUUGAGCCAUGGCGUGGACCGAGAGCAGGUCCCUAAAAAAGUAUGGACGGAUAAGCUGAAGGAAGUCAUUCAGCAGCAGUUUGAUGUGAAGGAUGAAUCCUAUAAGAACGUGUGCGUGGUGCAGGUGAAGGCUGUAUUUAUCAAUGAGGUCGAUGUGGACAUCUUUGUAGCUAAUCACCCCCACAGUGGGGAACCCGCCGGCAUCGCAGGUAAUACGAAGAAUCGCGUACGAAAUGCAUACAGAUUAGUGGGCUCGAUCAGGCAAGAGGAAAAUAAGCUUACCUCUAGAUUCAUUCGCUAA